AUGGCGGAGAAAACUAACUCAAACAUGUUAUUUGCCAACUUUAACCAAGACUUCUCAUGUAUCUCAGUCGGGACCAAGAAGGGAUACAGUAUUACGAACUGCGACCCAUUUGGAAGGGUGUAUACCAAAAGUGAUGGUGCUCGGGGUAUCGUGGAGAUGUUGUUUUGCACGUCGUUGAUAGCUUUGGUCGGCGCUGCGGAUCAGCCAUCGUCGAGCCCCCGGAAAUUGCAGAUAGUGAACACCAAGCGACAAUCGAUGAUUUGCGAACUACUAUUCCCCUCAUCCAUCUUGGCUGUAAAGCUCAACCGAAAGACUCUUGUUGUCGUGCUCGAAGUUGAAAUAUAUAUUUACGACAUAAGCACGAUGAGGCUCAUGCACGUUAUUGAAACAUCACCCAAUCCAAACGCAAUUUGUGCACUGAGCCCCUCAUCAGACCCCUCGUAUCUUGCCUAUCCUGCCCCCACCCCUUCUCCUACUGCUUCUUCUUCUGCGCCGGCUUCGUCGAGUGCAAACACAGCAUCCUCUUCUGGCGAUGUACUUAUCUUUGAUACGCGCUUGCUGGCUGUGACCAAUAUUGUGCGCGCGCACAAGGCUCCCCUCGCGCACAUUUCUCUGAACAGUACCGGUACGCUCCUUGCUACCGCCUCGGAAAAAGGAACAGUCAUUCGGGUAUUCAGUGUUCCUGCUGCUGAAAGACUGUACGAGUUCAGGAGAGGAGUAAGGGGGGCGAAGAUACAUUGUAUUACAUUCAAUGCUGUUAGCACCCUUCUUGCCGUAAGCUCGGCUACCGAUACGGUACAUAUCUUCAAACUCAAAGGAGGCAACCCCGAGGGAGAGAAGAAACGAGGGAAUAGUGGACCGAGUAGCCCGGGCGGUAGUAUUGAUAGCCAGGAGACGGGCAAGGGUGGGGCUGGAAUGGAAGGUGGGUAUGAAGCGUACAUGGAUGGAAAGAAGAAGAAUGGAAUGGGUUCCUCGUUGCGACGCAAAUCUCUUGGACUUACUCGGGGUAUUGCUGGAACUAUGGGUGGAUACCUUCCGGGUGGUUUAUCUGAUAUGUGGGAGCCAUCACGGGACUUUGCAUCACUCAAGCUCCCUACUUCGGGCACAAGAUGUAUUGUCGCUAUUAGCAGCACCCUGCCAAAUGUGAUGGUUGUCUCAUCCGAAGGCUUCUUCUACUCAUAUGCCAUCGACUUGGAAAAUGGCGGUGAAUGUGUGUUAAGCAAGCAAUAUAGCUUACUCGACUCAGCGGAAGAUUCGAAUGAUCCUUCACCAACUGAAGGUGCCUAG